GGGUACCUCAUCCUCACCUAGUUUUCAAUAACUGAUAUUUCCCAUUUUACUUGCUAUUGUCUCAUAUAUCUGCGUUCUGAUAUAUAUAUAGGGAGGAUGAAGCCCAAAGACUUUCUUCAUGAACAUCCACUGCACUACUUUGAAGAGUGGAGCAAUAAUGUCCACGGUAAGACUAGAGGUGUAAAUUGCUCAUCAGGAUGUGGGCAGCCAAUCUCAACUCAGUUCUAUGCAUGCAUCGACUGUAAGUUUUUCCUUCAUAAAUCAUGUUCUGAGCUACCACUGAACAUCACUCACCCCUUUCAUGAUAAUCAUCCUCUCACUCUUUUAGCCAAAGCACCAGCCUCGGCUUCUUGUGAUUUUUGUGGUAAUUUAGUCGAUGGAUUUGUUUACCAUUGUUCUUGUUGUCGUUUCAAACUUCACAUCAUAUAUGCCCUUCUCCCACAAUUCCUCACUGGAAAUUUCCCAAAACGUGAUCAUCAUUUUAGUGAUGUCGAUGAACACCCACUCUUCUUCAUCCAAGAGGAUCUUAUUAGCAGCAAUAAGGUUGAACUACAUUCUCGUUGUUUUGUUUGUCCAGAAUCAUUAUUUGGUGUUCAGUGUUCUCCUUGUAAGUUCCAGCUUCAUCCCCGAUGUGCUUUGCUCAUCACCAAAGAUCUCCCAAAACGUGAUCAUCAUUUUAGCCAUGUUGAACACCCACUCGUCUUUGUCCAAAUGCUUAGCAACGAAGUUAAAAUAAAUUCUUCCUGCUCUGUUUGCUCAAAGCCAUUAUUGGGCACUUCUUUUUACAAUUGUCCUGAUUGUGGAUUUUUCCUUCACAAAGAAUGUGAGGCAGAGUUGUGGCCUGAGAUUGAGCAUGUUGCCCACCCUGCACACCCUCUUAUUCCUGUAUUUUCAGCAAAUUAUACCUGCAACUUUUGCCAAGGUAAAAGUAAUGUGAAGAAAAGUGGAUAUAAAUGCCUCCCUUGUGGCUUUUAUAUUCAUCACGAGUGUACUUUACCUAGGUUCUUCCCAGAAAGUAAGAUCCAUGAACACGAGUUGAGCCCAUUCAUGAGGAAAAAUCCCUUUAUUUGCGAUGCAUGUGGGGGGGCAGGAGAUGAUGCUCGCUAUUUUUGUUCAAAGUGCAGUAUCACGAUCCAUAAGGAUUGCAUUUUCCUGCCAAAACUCAUCAAAUUCAAACUGCACAAUCAUCAUAUACUUGGCCACAACUACAGGUUUCCACAAAAAGUGGGUGAAAAAUGGACUUGUCAAGUUUGUUUCAAAAAGGUGGUGGCAGAGUAUGGGAGUUACAAAUGUUUGCAUUUGGACUGUAAUUAUGUUCUUCAUGGGAGUUGCAUAAAAAAGUAUAAAGGUCGUCUUUAUAUCGAAGUUGAGUCAGAAAAAGAGGAAAGUGAUGAGGCUUCUUCUUCUUCUAGUUGUGCUGUGGGGCUAGGAGACAUGAUAAAGCAUUUCAGUCACAAGCAUGAAUUAGUGCUUGAUAACAGGGAGAUUAUUAUAAGUGGUGAUAAAGAAUGUUGCGAUGGGUGUGCAUUGCCGAUCUUAACUGCCGCUUAUAGUUGUCCACAACCAGAGUGUAAUUUCUCCCUUCACAAGGCCUGUGGCCAACUUGGAGAGGAGAAACCACAUUGGGCUUACCAAGAUCCUCUUCGAGUCAGCAUGGGGUGCAUUUUUAGAUGUGAAUUUUGUAAGUAUGACUGCAGCGGUUUUUAUUGCUCAGUAAACAGAUAUAGUGUUUGCCAUAGAUGCAUUGAGAUCCCUUUCAACCCCACCCACCAAGCACAUGAUCAGCAUUCCCUCUUCUGUGAUAAAGAAUACAAGGGACCAUGUAGUGGCUGCGGUAGGAAAAUGGGUUAUCAUGGUGGUUACAAAUGCACGCUAGCAGAGGAAGAGGAGAAUUGCAAAUUUUUUGCCUUGGACUACAGAUGCCUGACACGGCCCCUUACAGCUGAACAUAGGUUCCACCAUCACCCUCUAAAACUCACUUAUGAAGAUCCUUACAAGGAUGAUGAUGGUGAUCCUUUUCAACACGUGUGAAAUCUGUGAAGAUAGAAGAGAUCCAAAGCUUUGGUUUUAUCGAACAAACUGUAAUAUUAUUGGUUUUACUAUGGGAAGCAUUCCGGUCGCUCAGACCAGCAGGGCACAAUUGCUUUCACUGAUGGGGUGGUCUGUUACCAUGACUAUGUAUGUUUUAUAUAUAGUCAAAUUUGCUAUAAUUUUAAUUCAUAAAGAGGAACUCUUUGUCAAUUUCUACUAUUGAAAAGAAGGAUCAUUCAGGUACAAUUUCUGCACUUUGCUAAUUUGCUCUGAUUUUUUCCCUUAAGAAAACAGCUUCAAUUCA